AUGAAAAUUCCCAAAAGCUGCCAGGGAAUAUUUCCAGAUGUGGAAAACAAAAUGAGCUCUACUUUGAAGCUUGUUACUUGGAUGUUGAAUAUAAUGAUGGGACCUUAUUGUUCAUUGAAUAUGUCAAAAAUAAAUUGUGUGAACGUUUACUUAAAAAAUGUGACUGACUUUCUAAACGUUAUACUUAAUGCAGUCUUUGAAAAAGAAAAGGUACCAAAAUCUUAGAUUUUAUUAACUCUUUUAAAUAAUUCCACAAACCAAGUAAGGAUGCUUAUCAACAACUUAACAAGGGACUUUGAUUUUGCUCCUCUCAACUGGAAACAUUUUACUGAAUUAAUUCUAAAACCCAUAGAAAUGUCAGAUGAAAUGCCUCGUCAGUUUCAAAGUAUUUGGCUGCAUUUAGUAGCUCUGGGGAAGGAAAUUCAAAAACUUGUGAAAGAUAUUUCCCCUAACAUCCUGGAAAAGAACACCUCUUAUAAAACUGAAAAAAAUUUAAACAUAUUUGCUACCAGUCCAAAGAAAAAUAGUAUACACAGCUUAGGCUGUUCAUUUUAUCAGUUAGCUAGUUACCUUGCCUUCAGUUUAUCUCAUGAUCUCCAAAAUUCACCCCAGAUAAGUUCUCAUGGAUUAAUGAAAGCUGUGGGUCUCAGUAUUGAAUUCAUGAGGGAGGCGUUCAAUUCCCUGAUGCCCUCAGUUUAUCACGAUAUUCCACAAGAGUCAGGUAAUAUUCAAGUUUUAAAGAAGGUAACUUUUCUCCUGUGCACGGUCGAGAAAACAGACAUACACCUGCUAGUAGACCAGCUGAAACAGAUAAGUGAAAGCCUGAUGGAUUUCUUUAAGAAUGUCAGUAGGUUAGGUACUCGCAGUUUGGGGGUCAGCUUCUUUGCUGACUUGAGGGAAAAACUUGUCGACAGCUCAUGUUCUUGGAAUGUUAACCACCUGCUGAGGUUCUCACGCCUGCUUCCUAAAGAGGACGCCGAUGCCUCCGUCGACGUGUACUAUGUGCUCCCUCGUGCCAUGAGGCUCCUGCGGGGUGUGGGUGACAAAAACAUCAUGGAGGCCCUCAAGGACGUCUGUAACUUCACGCUCCUGCAUGGCAUAAGCCUUUCAGAUGUCACCAAGGAAGACUUUGCUAUUGUGAUUAAAACUCUUUUGGACACAAUUGAAUUAAUAUCAGAUCAACCAGGCAUCCUUUCAGAGGCUUUAACUUGUCUUCCUGUGUUUUGGUGCUGGAAUCACACAACUUCUGGAUUUCAGCAGAAUCUAAGGUCAGGAGCCUGUGAUGCCCACAAGCUCACGUCUCCUUCCUUUUACAGCAAAGUGGCCAGUAUCCUUGACCACCUCCACCUGUCUUCCCCAGGUGAAGACUCACAAUGUUGGAAUGAAAGCUCACAGGUGGAAAUAACUAGGAAAGUAGCCUGUGUAAUUCAUGAAUUAAUGGAUUGGAAUUCCAUUCUUCUAGAGUUGUCCAAAGUCUUCCAUGUUAAAACUUUGCUUGUGAAAACUGUGCAAGAAUUUUGUCAUAAGGUGUUACCAUUUGUCCCAUUUUCUGGAAUAAACAAUAGCAGCAUCUCUGAACUUUGUCCCAGCUGUUCCAUAAAGCAGAUUGCUUUGCAAAUCAUAGAAAAAUUUAAAAAAGGCAACUUUACAAAAGCCACAUCAGAUGAAAACCUCCUUGAUAAACUAGCUAGUUUAAACAAGAUCCUUAACGUUGAUGAAGGAACAGAAUCAUCUGUUAGAAAUAUUUCCUUACAUUUGGAAAGGAUAAUAAACUUGUUUUCUAGGGAUGAAAGCCUAGAAAAUAGUGCUAAUUCUGUAGUCUCUCCAUUCAUGACAUUUCUGAGAAAUGGUGGUAGUUUAGAAGCACUAUCACGUUUUAUUAAAAAAAGUGAAACAACUUACAACUUUGAAUAACUAUGGCUUGAGUUUGAACAAAUCAUGAAAGAUCUAACCCAUAACUUUAGUAUCAGAUCCCUGUUUUCUGAAAUUAACAAAGAAAUACAAAUUACUAAUUCAGUGGCCCUUCAAAACCUAACUUUGCCACUUGCCCAUUUUUUCGAAAGCCUGGAUUCAUCAUCCUUGAAGACAUUAGAAAUCGUUGAAAAGUUUUUAUUGGUCAUAAAAAACUGGUUUCAUAAAUAUGCAAAUGAAGAUUACUCCAAAAUGAUACAAACAUUAUUUCUUCUUACAGCUAACAAGAGUUCAACUGAUGAUAUAGCUUUGUUGACUAAAGAUAUUGCUUCCAUUCUGGGUAAUCUCUAAAAUGUUUCUAGAGAAGAUAAUUUUGAUGUUGCCCUACUUCUUCGUCUGCUAAACCAAGAACAGCUAAUUAAUUUCUCAGUUGUUCAGCUGCUUUUUGAAAGCUUCCUAAUUAAUUCAAUCAAUAACUUAGCUGAGAGUGCUCAAGAAGCAGCCUUGAAUUUAAGUGAUACCAACCUUCAAAUAAUGAAUUUCAUUAACCUCGCCUUGAACCAUACACAGUCAGAAAAUGGUGAGAUAAUCAUUCUCCCUCCAAGAAGCAUAGUGGAUUUCUUGGAACAGCUUUUAAAAACAUUCUUCCCCUUUUUACUAAAGGAAAAUUCUGGGAACAAAAUAUCUCUUCUGCUGAAGGACUUCCACAAAGAUGUCAUUGCAGAGAUGAGUUUUGUCCCAAAGGGUAAAAUUCUAGAAAAUUUGAAACUGGAUCAUUUUCUUAUCUCCAUGAAAGAGGACAGAUUGGUGAACAUUUUUGCAUCUUUAAAGGAAGCUGUGUACCACCUAAUUAAAAGCUCAUUUAUGUUAGACGGUGGAGAAUUUUAUUUUGAUAAUCCUCGAGGACUGCACUUAAUGGGAGAUUUAUUCCACACUCUUCUAAGGGAAACCUCAAUGAAAAAUGAGACUGAAAAUAAUCUGGAGUUUAUUACAGUGGUGAAUCAGUUGCUUUCCCAUAUGAACAGUUCUGAGGACCUUUUCAAACUCAAUCAAGAUCUCAGGUCUGCUCUUCACCUCAUGAGAGAAAUGUCAAUAGAGAUAGCAUGUCUCAUGGACACUCUUUUAAAAUCUCCUAUUAAGGACUUACGUGCCCUGUACCCUGCCCUCCAAGAAGUUAUACUCACUAAUCUAACCGAUUUGCUUUCCUUUACAAAUAGUCCAUCCCCCCUAAGAAACAGAGCAACGUUAGAAAUUACCAAGCGCUUACUUGGUGUUAUCUCAAGGGCAAGAGUGGUGGAGAGUCAUGCCCUGGACCCCCUCUCAGAAAUGUCUAGAGCUCUGACCAUGCUGGUGGACGAUGGAGCCGAAAUGAGAGGUCUCGCCACCUCCGUCACCUCCACCGUGGACCUUCUUAAGCUGGCCAAGAAAACUUCAAGAGAGGUGGCUUCCAUGUUUGAAAUGCCUUUCGUCUUCACAGCCAAUGACACCAUGAAAUUCUUGGACACCCUUUAUUCCAUUUUGCAACAAAGUGUUUGAGAUGUUGCCAAUGAAAUUAUUACUCUGAAAAAAGCAGAUCGUUUAAUAUUUGAAAAUAUAGAUGACUUGUUGAUGCCAUUUCUUGACUUGGCCUUUGGGAUGACUGGAGUCAAACCUGCUGUUUCCCAAGACUCUGAUAUUUUCAAUGUGUCAUCUAGCAUAUUUACAUAUGUGAUCCAGUCCAAAGAUAUUUAUGAUAUUAGGGAAGAAAUAGCUGAAUGUUAAACUUCUGUGAAAAUCAAUUUGGGAGACAUGGAACGUCUCGUGGCAGCAUUUAAUAAUGGGACCCAAAUAUUUUCUGUGGAUUCUGUCAACUUAUGGGAAGAAAUCCUGGAUUGCUUAGUUCCUAUAAAUAACAUCAUCAAUCACAAAGACUUUUUAUCUAAUCCAAUUUCCACUCAUAAUUUGCCUCAAGAUACGAAAGGGGAAAGAACUCGUGAAGUGAUCCUGUUUUUGUAUGGAAUACCAUCACGAAACAGCAUGGAACUAGGGACUUACUUGAGAAAGGUGAUCAACCUCACCUCAGAAGCGCUUUGGCAUAAGUUAGGGAAGGACAACAAGGAUGUUCUUAGUCUGUUGCUGACAUUGGCUCCACACCCAAAUGACCUUUUGAAAACUGUAACAGCAGUUGGAAAGGCCUCCAGUGGGUUGAAAAGUGACAACAGAGGUGAUUUGAGUAAAGCUUUGCUUUUCAGCACUUCCUUGAUUCAGGAUGUGACUCACCAACAACUCAGAGAAGCAGUCCAGAGCGUGGUAAGUAGACUAGCUCUCGUGAGUCAAGAGCUUCUCCUCAACAGCUUUCAGAAGACACACUCCUUGAGCACUUUGUUUCAGCACAUUUUUGAAAUUUUUAUUAAUGCAACCCCUGGAGAGAAUAGCAGAUCAAGAAAAGAUGAGAAGACCAAGGAACAGCUGGUUGACUUUCCUGACAUCCUCAAACCAUGAUCACAUUUUGAGAAAUACCGGAAGGGAUUGAUUGCAUUGGCUGGAUACUGGCAAAAGGUCUCACUGAUCCAUCCAAGUGCCGCGGAAGCAUGUCAGGCUUUCCCGCACCUCCGGAGCUCCCAGGACCUCGAGGUGAUUCUGUGGAGAGUGGAGAUGCUGGUCCAGCGUGUGCUUGUCCUUCUUGCAGGUGGGCUGCUUGGGGAGAAGGGCUGCCCAGUGGCCCCGCCAGGCGGGCAGCGAGGUGGUCAGGUCACGGCCAGGAUGUGGGCCUGCUCCUCACAGGCCUGUCCCUCUGCCCCCGCCCCACCCCGCCGCCAGUUCGCUGCCGCCCGGAACCACGAGCUCUCCCUAAAGGAGGUGGCUGGUCAUGGGGAGCUGGAAAAGAUAGGGACGUCUCCCCAUCAGCUGAGUCGUGAAGGUCUUAUCAGGAAUCUGUCCAGCGCCUUGGAAAGCUUCAGGAGCAGCUUGGAAGAUGCCAGUGAGCAGGACUGUGAAUGCCAGCCUGGACCAGCCUCCAUGCUGCACACGCACAUGUACGUGUUGGCCCAAAGCCUCGAGAAGACUUUGUUGUCUGGGAAUCCCAUUAUGAAUUUUCUUAGCAAUUUCACAGUAACUGGGGACGUAAAAGUAAAAGAGUUGGUGCAGAACACCGCCAAGUUAACUGAAGAGCUUCGAUCUUCUCUCCACAUCUCAGAUAAAACUAUCAGCAGCAUUUUAGAAGCAAACGUUUCCCACUCAGAGGUUCUCUCCGGUGCCCCGACGGUGGCUUUGUCUCGAAGGCGCGAUGGGGACGUUCUUUGUCUGCUGCUCAACUUCCCCGAGGAUGGAAAGUCUGGGUCUGCAGCGAGGGAGCUGUGCCCCCUGCCUGGGGCCCAAGUCUUCCUGAUUGUGCUGAUGGGCCAGAACCUGGACCUGCGGAAUUUCGUAUACAAAACUCUGCUCCCUGUGGAAGCCAGCGGCCUGCUCAGCUCCCUGCUGGAUGUUGGGUCCAGCCUCGGCCACCUGCUCCCCGGAGCCGGCCGUGUCCUCAAACACCUUCCUGAAUUCCUCCACGAACUUGAGAUCGCUGCCUUGCUGGACACGCUCGACUUCCCACAGGUGGGCGCUUGGCCUUGGCCCCGGGGAAGGUGCAGAUUUGCUGCUUCAGCCUUUGGUCCUUUCCAGUCUGUGAUGAAGGUGGUUUGCAAGGACCAAGCCUCUUUCUUUAGGAACUCUGACAUCUUUCUUCACUUGCCUAGAGUUAAUGAACUCUUAGGAGAUGACAAGGAAAAAUUCAACAUUCCUGAAGAUUCAACACCCUUUUGCUUGAAGCUUUAUCAGGAAAUACUACAGUCUCCAAAUGGUGCUUUGGUGUGGUCCUUCCUAAAACCUGUUCAUGGAAGAAUACUGUACACACCAAACACUCCAGAGAUUAAUAACGUCAUUAGAAAGGAAAAUCACACUUUUGAUUUUGUGGACAAGCUGAAGACUUUAUCUGAAACACUGCUGAACUUAUCCAGUGUUUUUUUUAGCAGCAGAAAUGGUCAGAUGCUCCACCAACUGCAGGAAGCCCUGAAGAACAAAUUUAUAAGAAGCUUUGUAGAAAGCCAGCUGCACAUUGAUGUAGACAAAUGGACGGAAAAGCUCCAGACACUCGUCUCGGCUAUGCUGAACCGCAUGGGCGCUGGACGCCUCCGCUCUCUGGGCUGCAUCCUGGCCAACCUGACCUUCUGUGUCCUACUGACCCUCUUCCAGGGCCUGACCUCCGCCACCUGCCUGGAGGCGACCUCACAGGCCCUCAUGUGGAAGAACAGCUUCUUGGCCAGUAUCAUUUUUAACAGUUCCUUAGCGGGUAAGAACCUCAGCUCAGAAUCUCUCCAGCUGCCACCAGUUACGUACAGCAUGAGGACCAGCACUUUAUACAGCUUGAGGACGGAUCUGGUGAAAAACCCUUUCUGGAAGUUCCACCCUCAGAGCCUCCCAGCCGAUGGGUUCAAGUAUAACUACAUCUUUGUCCCGUUGCAAGACAUGAUCGAAAGAGCUAUCAUCUCAGUGCAGACGGGGCAGGAGGCCCUGAACCCGGCCGUGCAGGUGCAGGCCAUCCUGUACCCAUGUCACACCAGCCACCUGUUCUUGAACAGCGUCGGCUCCUUCUUCCCGCUGAUAGCGAUGCUCACGUGGAUGGUGUCCGUGGCCAGCAUGGUCUGCAGGCUGCUUUAUGAGCGGGAGAUCCAGCUGGAGGAGUAUGUGAAGACGAUGGGCCUGCCCCCUGCCGUCCACUUGCUGGCCCGGCUCCCAGAGCACGGGACAAAGCUGACGGUGAGCUGCUCCACCCUGGCCCUCAUCCUCAGGGUCAGCAGCAUCUUCACCUCCAGCAGCACCUGGAUGGUCCUCUUCCUCCUGGACUUCGGGGUGUCGGUGGUCACACUGAGCUACCUCCUGAGCGCAUCCUUCGGCCGGGCGAGCUCGGCCACCCUGUGCAGCGGCCUGCCCUAUGCGGCCAGCUUCCUGUCCUACAUCGUGCCGGCCUGCAGGCCUCCCUCGUCAGUGCGUUGUUUUGUGAAACUGCAGAACAAGGCUGCCGUGUACCCCGCAGCAUGUUUCAGUGCAUCACUGUCAGUUUUUCUCUUCUCCCCCUCCAUCUGCAAGCAGUACCUCCUCUCCACAACUGCCUUUGGACAAGGAGUACUUUUGGUUACAUUCCUGGAAGGGCAAGAGGCAGGGAUUCAGUGGGAUAAUAUGUACCAGUCUCUGGAACUAGUGGGCAUGACAUUUGGCUGGGUUUGCUGGAUGAUUCUGUUUGAUUCAGGCCUUCACUUCUUAUGUGGAUGGUACUUGAACAACUUGAUUCCUGAUUCCAUAUAUGGUGGUGGUGAAAAGGCAGAUCAUGGGGGUUCUCACCUGUUCUUCUUCAGUGGGGAUGUGGACAGUCAAGGCUCAUCCCUGCAAAAUGGGGAAGGAGAGCUGGAAGGAGGCCCCCCAGGUGUUGUCCUGCUUUCUGUGACCAAGGAGCACGAUCACCACCAGGCGGGGUUCUGGGACCUGACCCUGACCUUCCACAGGGACCAGAUCACUGCCCUGCCGGGGACUAACGGUGCUGGGAAGACCACUGUCAUAUCUUUGCCAAGGGGCUCUACGCCCCCCGCAUCCGGAGCCAUUGCAGUCAGUGGCAGGAACCUGCAGACGGAGGCACCCUCGGUCAGGGCGGAGCUGGGCACGUGUCCGCAGCACGUCCUGUUUGGCCCCCUCACGGUGCUCGACUACCUGCUGCUGUUCUCCUCCCUGAAGGUGCCACGGGGGACCCACCAGGAGCUGCGUGGGCAUGUCCAUAUAACUCUCCAGGACGUGGGGCUGGCACAGCACCAGCCCCAACACGCCCGCGCCCUCUCACGGGGCGCGUGGAGGAAGCUGUCCCUCGGCAUCACCUUCCUCGAGGCGUCGAGGACCGUGGUCCUGGACGAGCCCACCAGCGGGGUGGACCCAUGUUCCCGCCGUGGCGUCUGGGACGUGCUCCUCGAAUACCGAGAAGGCCGGACUGUCAUCUUCACCACCCACCACGUGGACUAGGCCGAAGUGCUGAGUGACCGCAUGGCAGUGCUGCAGCAGGGGCGACUCCGGUGCUGCAGCACCCUCUCCAGCCUGACACAGGCCCAUGGGCAGGGGCUCCGCCUGAUGCUCAGCAAGGAGCCUUCUGUUCUGGAGGCUGGCGAACCGAAGGACACAGCUUGUGCCAUGUCUCUGAUGCAGACCUACAUCCCACAGGCAUCCCUCUGAGGCAGCAGCUGGGGCGAGCUGAGCUACAUGAUCCCUGAGGAUGCAGACAGAGCCUUCUUCAAAGGGCUUUUCCAGGCCCUGGACCAGAACCUUCACCACCUGUACCUGACGGGCUGUGGGAUCUCAGACAUCAGCUUAGAAGAGGUCCUCUUGAAUGGAAACAGUGAGGCGUCUGUCUUGGCGGAGAAACAGCUCCUGAGCCAGAGGCCGCGGCUCCGCCACUCGGGUCGGGCCUGGAAGGGCACCGCCUCCGACCUGCUGCUGCCCGUGCUCUUCGUGGCCUUGGCGAUGGGCUUGCUCAUGGUGAGGCCUUUGGCCGUCGACUGCUUUCCCCUCAAACUGACCCCUGGCCAUUAUGACAUUGUUGAAACCUACUUUUUCAGCAGCAGUGAGAACGGUGACGUGGAGCUCACCCACGUACUUUUGCGGAAGUUUGGGGAUCAGGACCCGCUCUGUGCUGACUUACACUCAGGCCUGGGGAAUUCUUCCUGCUGGUGCAUGGACCCCUCCUCUCACCCAGAAGUCCAGGAGUCCUGUGGCUGCCUGAUGUGCCCCAGUGGAAGCACCAGGGCUCCCUACCUGACCAACCGCCUGGGCCACAGGCUGCUCAACCUCUCCAGCCUCCCCCUGGAGGAGUAUUUGCUGGCACCGGAGGAAAAACCAAGGCUUGGAGGAUGGUCUUUUGGAGUGAGAAUCCCUGAUUAAGUUCAAGACGCACAUUCAAAUAUAUCAAAACCCAGAACUUUGGCAAAGUUCUUUCUUUUUUGGGUGUGGUACAAUCAGAAGGGCUUUCAUUCCCUGCCAUCCUACCUAAGUCAUCUCAACAACCUUAUUUUGUGGAGGCUCUUACCCCCUGUGGCAGACUGCAGGCAGUACGGAAUCACACUCUACAGCCACCCAUAUGGAGGAGCCUUGCUGAACGAGGACAAGAUAUUGAAUAGCUUCCGCCAGUGCGGCAUCACCCUGUGCAUCGUGCUUGGAUUCUCCAUCCUGUUCGCGUCCAUCAGCAGCUGUGUGCGGGACAGGGUGACUGGGGCCACAAGGCUGCAGCACAUGAGCGGCCUGGGCUACAGGACCUACUGGCUCACGAUCUUCCUGUGUGACGUGCUCUUUUACUUGGUUUCUGUCUGCCUGUGUGUCGCUGUGAUCCUCACCUUCCAGUUAACGGCUUUCACUUUCCGGGAGAACCUGGCAACCAUGGCCCUCCUGCUGGCACUUUUUGGAUGCGCGACUCUUCCGUGGAUGUAUCUCAUCUCCAUAAUCUUUUUGGACGUGGCUUUCAUCUCCUACAUCUCCCUGAACUUCCUCCUCGGCCUCUGCACCGUGCUGAUAACUGUCGUGCCCUGGCUGUUGGCCUUUGUCUCCAAGGCUCAGAAUUUGCAGAACAUCUGUGACAUCCUCAAGUGGGUCUUCACUAUUUUCCCUCAAUUCUGCCUGGGUCAAGGGCUGAUGGAACUCUGUUACAAUCAGAUCAGAUACAACCUGACCCACAACUUCGGCAUCGAUUCAUACAUGAGCCCCUUCGAGAUGAGCUUCCUGGGCUGGAUCUUUGUGCAGCUGGUGGUACAAGGGAUGGUCCUUCUCCUCCUGAGGGUCCUGCUGCAUGGGGACCUCUGGCAGUGGCCCAGGGGUCACUCUGCCAUUCGAGGCACAGUGACAUCUUCCAAGGGCGUACAUGUUGAAAAAGAGCAAGUGAGGCUGUUGGAAGGCGGAACUAGUGGGGACAUUCUCGUGUUGUACAACCUUAGUAAGAGUUACAGAGGCUUCUUCAGGAGGGCCUACUCAGGGGAGAGUGGAUCUGAGUGCUUUGGGCAGGUGAACGGAGCUGGGAAAAUCACCACAUUCAAAAUGCUGACCAGGGACCUGCCUCUGAGCUCAGGACACACCAUCCUCAGGACUCCCAUGGGAGAGGAUGUGGAUCUGGCUCUUGCUGGCACAGCCAGCAUCCACGUUGGCUACUGUCUGCAGCAGGACGCCCUGGAUGAGCUCCUGACCGGCUGGGAACACCUGCGUUAUUACUGCAGCCUGCGUGGGAUUCCAAAGCAGUGCAUCCCCAAAGAAAGAGCCUCUGAGGGUGUGGCUGGGGACCUUGUGAGGUGCUUCCACCUGGAAGCCCACGUGGACAAACCUGUGUCCACCUACAGCGGGGGGACCAAAAGGAAGCUGUCCACAGCCCUGGCCCUGCUGGGGAAACCUGACCUUCUCUUACUGGACGAACCCAGCUCGGAGAUGGAUCCCUGCUUGAAGCGGCACCUGUGGGAGGUGGUGACAAAGGAGGCUCAGGAGGGCUGUGCCAUGGUCCUGAGCUCCCACAGCAUGGAGGAGUGUGGGGCCAUGUGCACGAGACUUGCCAUCAUGGUCCAUGACAGCUUCCAGUGCCUGGGUUCCCCACAGCACAUCAAAAACAGGUUUGGUGAUGGUUAUACAGUCAAUGUUUGGCUCUGCAACGAAGCAAAUCAACACAACGCUGUUUCCGACUGCUUGAAGCUCUCUUUUCCAGGAAUCCAGUUUAAGGGGCAGCACCUUAAUUUAUUGGAAUGCCAUGUGCCAAAAACAUGGGCGUGCUGCCUGUUCAGAGUUCUGGAGGACAAUAAAAACUUCCUGAGUAUCAAAUAUUACUCCAUCAAGCACACCCCUCUGGAGCAGGCCUACUCUAAAAAUGAGCCAGAUUAUACUUCUUGA